AUGCCCGACGAGUCGAAUGGGAAGGGGUUCCCCGAUCUCUCUGCGAAACUCUCCGCGCUACCCAAGAAAUCGCUUUUUGAGCGCCAGAAAGCCGAAGCCGAAGUCAAACGCGCCCGGGAAAAGGCCGAAACCGCCGCGGUAUAUGAAGAUUUUGUCAAGUCAUUUGAGGACGACGCACCGACAGGUCCCAGGUCCUCCGAUGGACGGCUGAACACAUUUGGUAGCAGGGGCGGCGGGGUGGCAGGAGGGCCUGCCAGACGGCAUUUCACCAGCUCUGGACCGCGCAAUAGUGGUCCCGGCACAUUAGGCCCGCCGCCACCAUCAUUGUCUCGAAAACGAACCCAUGAAGGCUUCGCGCCGCUACAUCGCAACCGGGACGUCGCGCAAGGUGCCAUGGGAUUUGAGCAUGCGAACCCCAGUUCGUCGAGUGCGACAUCCGCGUUUCGCAAUACUUCUGAGGAAGUGGAAGACCGGGCAGCCAAUGCAAAAGAGGCAGAGAAAGCUGCGGCCAAACCUACGCUAUAUCUCGCGUCCCUUCCUCCUGGGACAUCCCCGCCAGUGAUCAAGUCACUCAUCCCAUCUGCUCUGGCCGUGGACAGCGUGAAGCUUCUCCAACCACAGAGCCAAUCUGCUACAGAACGGCGGUCCUCGACCGCCAUCGUCACUCUUGCCAGCGACUCCGCAGCCUCAGAUAUCGACAGCGCCGUGAGCACCCUUCAGAAUCGGUAUCUUGGCCGGGGCUAUUUCUUGUCUAUCGCACGACACCUCUCUUCCGCAGCAAUCAGCUCAAACAUCCCGACUUCUAUUGGCUCGUCUACGACCAGUUCCCUUCCUUUCGGUGCGAAGACUGUUCAGCCAAAUCUCGGCGGUAACUGGAGUCGUGCUCCACCACCAGGGCCCCAUCGUGGAGGUUUCGCACCUCCUAGCUCAUAUGGACCUAAAUAUGGUCGAAGUGGGCCGAACUUCGAGGUGGAAGUGAAGACACCGUCCGAUAUCAAGCAACUGCGGUUAAUACAUAAGACGCUCGAGAGCCUGCUCAACCACGGGCCUGAAUUUGAAGCUUUGCUCAUGAGUCGACCAGAGGUGCAGCAUGAGGAGAAAUGGGCCUGGAUCUGGGAUGCGCGAAGCCCAGGUGGCGUGUAUUAUCGGUGGAAAUUGUGGCAGAUCGUCACCAACCCUCGAUCCCGGAGCAGCAAAAAGAUCGGGAGCCAAAAUCCAUCCACCAUGUUUGAAGGCGGAGCAAUCUGGACUGCCCAGGAAAAAGACCUGAAAUUUGAGUAUACUACCCGUCUUGACGAGUUUGUGUCGGAUGAAGACUACAAUUCGUCCGAUGAAGAUCAUUCGGACGGCGAAGACGACCGGCGAAAUCUGGGCGGAGCGCCCCCUCCGGAUGCUGUGGGCGGACAUCCCGAUGGACUCGGCUACAUGAACCCUCUACAGAAGGCUAAGCUCACACAUCUUCUCGCGCGUCUCCCGACAACACAUGCCAAACUGCGGCGGGGUGAUAUCGCACGAGUCACAGCUUUUGCCAUUGAACACGCGGGGGCCGGCGCAGACGAGGUCGUAGACCUGAUUGUUCUGAAUGUGCUCAGCCCUUUGGCCUACACGGGAGCCAACCCACACCGGGAAGUGGAAAAGACAGUCGCAAGCUCGGAAAAUGCCGACCGAGAAAAUGCACCUUCAUCCAAAGAACGAUUAGACUUUUCCUCGGCAAAACUUGUCGGUCUCUAUGUCAUCUCUGACAUCCUAUCGUCGUCGGCCACUAGCGGGGUGCGCCACGCCUGGCGAUACCGGCAGCUCUUCGAGGCAGCGCUCCGCUCACACAAGGUCUUUGAGCAGCUCGGCCGGCUCGAGAAGGACCUUCAUUGGGGCCGGCUCAAAGCAGAGAAAUGGAAGCGCAGUGUGGGCAGCCUUCUCCAUCUGUGGGAAGGGUGGUGUGUCUUUCCACAAUCGAGCCAGGAGCAUUUCGCUCAGGUCUUUGAAAACCCCCCACUUACCGAAGAGGAGUUGCAGAAGGAGAAAGCGAAGGCGGAUGCAGAACGGGCCGCCGGUGCCUUUGCUAAGGGGAAGAGCCGGUGGAAGACCGUGGAUGAAGAGGGCGCAUCUGCGCAAUUUGAUCCUGGCCGCCCUGCAAAUUACGAGGCGGCGGUGGCCGAGGAUGAAUCUAUGAGUGACAUUGACGGUGUGCCGAUGGAGGACAGCGACUUGGAAGACCCGGACAGGGAACCCAUCGAUGAAGAGGUGCCUGAACCUCCACCAAAGCAGCACCCUCAGCCGGCGCCAGAGCAGCCCAACCAGCCCUCUGGGCCGCCAGAAUCAGAAUCUCGGCGUUCGCGAAGGUCACGGCCCAAAGCUGAGGACAUGUUUGCAUCAGAAUCUGAGUGA